AUGGCAUCACCCCCGGAUUCCCUAAAAUGGUCGGCCCAACUGCAUGUUGCAAGUCCAAACCGUCGUCUUGUUGGCGAUAAGAUCACUUUGCCACAGUCCGCACUGGAAGCACUUCUCGCUGCAGCCCCUGUCGUGGCCGUUCAUAACAAUGCGUCCAGGAAUGCCACAUCAUCCUUUGACCCUUUCAACCACUAUUCCUUUGCUGCAGAACGUCAGGCCCGAUUGGCAUUCGAAGAUCGCCAGCAACAAUUGCCUCAUCCUCUCACUUUCCGAAUCGUCAACCCUCGAAACGGACGAGCCGUCUAUGCAGGCAUCCGGGAGUUCUCCGCCGAUGAAGAUAGUAUAGGGCUGAGUGCCCCUCUACGAGAAGCUCUUGGUUUACAAUCGUCCACUCCGUCGUCAUCUCGUGCGAGCCGAGAUGGAACUCCAAGCGGCGAUGUCGUUAUGGGAGAUGGUGUCGACCUUGAGAAGGGAGACACUGUGACAGUACAUGCGAAGCAGUUACCGAAAGGCACAUACGUCAAACUGCGACCUCUGGAGGCUGGAUAUGACCCAGACGAUUGGAAAUCACUUCUCGAACGUUAUCUACGAGAUAAUUUUACGACUCUGACCAGUGGUGAAUUACUUCUGGUUCCAGGACCACAGCAUGAGCAAUUUCGUUUUCUGGUUGACAAAUUCCAACCCGAAGGUGAUGGGAUUUGCAUCGUGGACACGGACUUGGAAGUUGAUAUUGAACCACUAAGUGAAGAUCAGGCUCGUGAAACGCUCAAUAAGCGCCUCGCCAAGAACAAGAAGGCACAAAAGCCGACUGGAGGGAGCUCCACAGGCGGCUUGCUUGUUCUCGGGGAGCAAAAGUUGCAGCAGGCAUUACCUGGGGAAUGUGUUGAUUAUCAGGUCAAGAACUGGAACCGCAAAGACGACCUGGAAGUUGUGCUGAAAGCCAGUGACGACAACAGCACCCUUAACCUACUCAUCACACCAUUUGCCCCUCAUCAAAGGUCGAAACCUCGUGAUGACGAAUUUGUGUUUGGUGAUCUGUCAGGUAGGCCAACGAAGCGAUUAAAGCUCUCCCAUACCAGUGUUUACCUCGAGGAAGCCGAAUCGCUCAACAUCGCAGUUCACGCAUGGAACUCCUCAGACUUACCGCAGGGUUCUGUGGAGCAACCCAUACCUUACUCAAUUCAAAUCGAUGUGGCGGGUUCAGCAGAGAAUGGCACAAGUGGAAACCACGUUGAACCAGACGCAGAUGAGAUCGUCUGUAAGAACUGUCAUCAGAUUGUUCCUAAGCGAACACUACAUCUACAUGAAGCAUUUUGUUAUCGCAACAACAUCCUAUGUCCAAAAUGCGAAGGUGUAUUUCUCAAAAAUUCCGAUACCUGGAAAAGUCACUGGCAUUGUCCUCACGACUCAGAGCAUGGUAAUGAUGCAAUAUCUAAGCUGAAGCAUGAAUUCAUUUUCCAUCCAUCAGCCCCAGUCCGAUGUUCAAAUUGUGAUUUCGAGGCAUACGAUGUGUCGAUUCUAGCUCACCACAGAACGAGCGAUUGUCCGGGCAAGGAGAUUUUGUGCCAGUUCUGUCAUCUGGUCGUACCGCAACAGGGGCCAGACGAUCCGUCGUUUACCGAUCCCGAGGUUCUCCUUUCCGGACUUACUCCGCAUGAACUGGCUGAUGGCGCCCGAACAACAGAAUGUCAUUUAUGCAACAAAAUCGUGCGGUUACGUGAUAUGAAGACACACCUUCUCUUCCAUGACCGAGAGCGAUUUUCCAGACCAAGUCCAAAGGUAUGCAGUAACACUAUCUGUGGGCGAACGAUCAAGUAUGAUGAUAUAGGGCGAGUACAAAAAGAGCAGCUCGGAUUAUGUAAUGAAUGCUUUGGCCCUCUAUAUAUCACCUCAUAUGAUCCAGAGGGAAAGAUGCUCCGAAGGAGGACCGAGAGAAGGCUUCUACAACAGUUGAUCGGCGGUUGUGGCAAGUCUUGGUGUCGCAAUGAUCAAUAUUGUAAGACUGGACAUAAACUGGUCACUGGGGAAGAUCGAGUCUUGUCUGCAAAGGACGGUCUGCCCAUGAUCAAACCGAUUAUGGAUCGACUAGCUCAAGGCGACACUUCACAUUUGACACUUUGUGUUGACGAGGCCAGUCAGACGAGAAGAUCCAUUGCAACUAUGAUGGCAGGUGAAGGAGAGUAUGAACUUGCGUGGUACGUCAAAGCCUUAGAGGAAGAGAAGGGUGAUGCCGGCAAUGCCAGGGACUGGCUGAAGAGUCGUGCACCCAGGAUUGGUGAAAUUGUUGCCUGA